AUGGGCUUCCAUAGUGAAAACAAAAAGAAGAAAUGCAUCAUCGCUGGGGUUAUCUCGGCUUUGCUCGUUAUCAUGGUAGUCUCUGUGGCCGUCAUAACGAACCGACAGGCGUCCCGUGAUUGUACGAAAGAAGCCGACGUGAAUAUUAAGAUGACCAGCAAGGCAGUCCAAGCGAUUUGUGAACCUACUGACUUCAAAGACACAUGUGUCACCAGCUUCAUGAAAGCUUCUCCUAACUCCACAGAGCCUCUUGAUCUCAUCAAGCUCAGCCUCCACAUCACCAUUCAAUCCAUCAAGGAUGGCAUCAAGAAAUCCUCCCACGAGCUCAAAGCCAAGGCUGAUAAUGACACCAAAGAGUCUUUGGAGUUGUGUGAGACGCUUAUGAAUGAUGCUACUGAUGAUCUGAAGAAGUGUUUUGACAACUUCUCUGGCUUUUCAGUUGAUAAGAUUGAGAGCUUUGUCCAGGAUCUUCGUGUCUGGCUCAGUGGGUCCAUUUCGUAUCAACAGACAUGCAUGGAUGCUUUUGAGGAAAUUAAGUCACACCUUACAGAAGACAUGAAAACAAUCUUCAAACCAUCUAAAGAACUCACCAGUAAUAGUCUUGCAAUGGUUACUAGUAUGUCCAGCAUUCUUGGAAAGUCCAACGUCACAGACUAUGCGAGAAAGCUUUUGUCAGCUGAAGACGCUACCCCAAGCUGGGUAGGACCAGACACUCGAAGACUCAUGGCAGCACCACAUGGAGGUGUGAAACCUAAUGUGGUGGUGGCCAAGGACGGAAGUGGUCAGUACAAAAGUAUAAACGAGGCCUUGAAAGCUGUGCCUAUAAACAACAAAGUGCCAUUCGUUAUCUACAUCAAGCAAGGUGUCUACAAGGAGAAAGUCAUUGUUGCAAAAAAUAUGUUUCACGUCACUUUCAUCGGAGAUGGACCCACCAAAACUAAGAUCACCGGUAAUCUCAACUUUGCUAUCGGCAAGGUCAAGACAUACGUGACUGCCAGUCUCUCGGUCGAGGGUGAUAAUUUCGUCGCCAAGAACAUCGGUAUUGAGAACACAGCCGGUCCACCAGGAGGACAAGCUGUAGCCCUAAGAGUCUCCGCUGACUGUGUUGUUAUCUUCAACUGUCAAAUCGAUGGUUACCAAGACACACUCUACGUCCAUUCCCAUCGCCAAUUUUACGUCGACUCCACCAUCUCAGGCACAGUGGACUUCAUCUUCGGCGACUCCAACACCGUCAUACAAAACUGCAACAUCGUGGUUAGGAAACCCAUGGGAGGCCAAGGGUGCAUGAUCACUGCUCAAGGACGUACCGACAAGCGUGAACCCACCGCUAUAGUGCUCCACAACUGCCGCAUCAUCGGAGAACCGGCGUAUCUUCCGGUGAAACACAUUAACAAAGCAUAUCUUGGAAGGCCAUGGAAGGAGUUUGCAAGGACCAUAGUGAUGAGAACGACCAUAAGCGAUGUUAUUGAUCCAGCGGGAUGGUCUCUAUGGAGUGGUGAUUUUGCGCUCAAAACGCUUUACUAUGCUGAGUAUGAGAACAGUGGGCCUGGGUCAAACAAAGCCCAACGUGUUAAGUGGCCUGGUAUUCAGAGGAUUACUCGUCCUCAGGCUCUUGGAUGGGCACCUGGAAGAUAUUUAAGUGGUGGCUCGUGGAUUCCACAAACUGGUGUGCCGUAUUUGCCCAACCUGCAAUAG